GUCUGUGUCUCUCUCUUCCCUCCUCCUGCGAGGCUGAGGCGGAGAGAGAGAGAGAGAGAGAGAGAGAGAGAGGCAUCCGAGGCCGGGCGCCCGCGCAUGCAGCCCUCACCCUGGAGCCCGAGCGGAGGCGGCGGCGGCGGAUCGAGGAGCUCUCCAGGGCCUCCCGGCAACGGCUGCUCCAGUCCAGGGACAGGAUGUUCUCCAAGUUCACCUCCAUCCUGCAGCACGCCGUCGAGGCGCUUGCACCAUCUCUUCCAUUACAAGAAGAUUUUGUUUACCACUGGAAGGCCAUUACACACUACUACAUAGAAACAUCAGAUGAUAAAGCCCCUGUGACUGAUACCAACAUACCAUCUCACCUGGAGCAGAUGCUGGAUAUUUUAGUUCAGGAAGAAAAUGAAAGAGAGUCUGGAGAGACCGGGCCUUGCAUGGAAUAUCUGUUGCAUCACAAGAUCUUAGAGACUCUGUAUACUCUAGGCAAGGCUGAUUGUCCUCCAGGUAUGAAACAACAAGUUUUGUCUUUUUAUACAAAACUUUUGGGAAGAAUACAACAGCCUCUGCUUCCACACAUAAAUGUACACAGACCUGUGCAGAAAUUAAUCAGACUUUGUGGUGAAGUCCUAGCAACACCCACAGAAAAUGAAGAAAUCCAUUUUCUUUGCACAGUGUGUGCAAAGUUGAAACAAGAUCCAUACUUGGUUAACUUCUUCCUUGAGAACAAGCUAAAAGGACUGGCUUCCAAAGGCACAGCAAGCUUAAUUGCAGGAGACAUGCUAAAAGGCCAAGAUUCGGUGACAACAGAUACAGGGCAGGCUCUUCAGCCUGCAGAAACAUCAAGUGGAGCAGAUCAUGCAGAGAGAGAGAAUGACCUUCCUGAGCGGGCAGAUGACCUGUCCACAAGUCUAGAUGAAUUAAACGUUACACCAUCCCCUGAGGCAUUGGCUGUUCCUCCACACGGGGACUAUAAUUUAGUGAAUUCCUUGCUCAAUCUCACCAAAAGCCCAGACGGUCGAGUAGCUGUGAAAGCUUGUGAAGGUCUCAUGCUUCUUGUGAGUUUACCUGAGCCAGCAGCUGCCAAAUGUUUAACUGAGAAUACAUGCCUAUGCAAACUGCUGACAGACCGGCUGUCCUCUCUCUACAAAGCCCUUCCUCAGUCGAUGGAUCCCUUAGAUAUUGAAACAGUGGAAGGUGUUAACUGGGGCUUGGAUUCCUACAGUCACAAAGAAGAUGCAUCUGCAUUCCCUGGCAAAAGAGCUCUGAUUUCAUUUCUAUCCUGGUUUGAUUACUGUGAUCAGCUCAUUAAGGAAGCACAUAAGACAACUGCUGUUGCUAUGGCACGCUCAGUGCGGGAACGUUUUUUUGUUGGUGUAAUGGAACCCCAGCUAAUGCAAACUUCAGAGAUUGGGAUCCUGACGUCUACUGCCCUGCUGCAUCGCAUCAUUCGUCAAGUCACUUCAGACGCCUUGAUGCACGAAAUGGUAUACUUUAUCCUUGGAGAACAGAGAGAGCCAGAAAAACAGGCAGACAUCAACAGACAUCCAUUGCGACAUUGCUUAAUUGAGCACUGUGAUCACAUCUCAGAUGAAAUCAGCAUAAUGACUCUCAGAAUGUUUGAGCACCUUUUGCAAAAACCCGAUGAACACAUUCUUUAUAAUUUGGUUCUUAGAAAUUUAGAGGAGAGGAACUAUAUGGAAUAUAAACCACCCUGCCAAGAAGAUAAGGAUGUGGUAGAGAAUGGCCAGAUAGCAGGAGCUGUAGAUCUGGAAGAGGAUCCCUUAUUUACUGAUCUUUCUCCCAAUACUAUGUUGUCAAACCAAGAGUGGCUUAGUGCGUCACCAUCUGCCAGUCCAGACCAUUCAAAAAAUGAUGGGAAGACUGAAGUUCAUAAAAUUGUAAAUAGUUUUCUUUGUCUUGUACCAGAUGAAGCCAAAUCUUCCUACCACGUGGAGGGCACAGGUUACGAUACCUACCUCAGAGAUGCCCAUCGACAAUUUCGAGACUAUUGUGCCAUAUGCUUACGAUGGGAAUGGCCAGGCUCUCCUAAACCUCUGGAAAAGUGCAAUUUAGAAUCUGCGUUCUUUGAAGGAUAUUUUCUGAAAGUUCUCUUUGAUAGAAUGGGAAGAAUUCUGGAUCAACCGUAUGAUGUCAAUCUACAAGUCACAUCUGUGUUGUCCAAGCUCUCCUUAUUUCCUCAUCCGCACAUCCAUGAAUACCUUUUGGAUCCUUACAUAAAUCUGGCUUCUGGCUGCCGCUCUCUUUUUUCAGUAAUUGUGAGGGUUGUUGGGGAUCUCAUGGUGAGGAUACAACGCAUACCUGAUUUCACACCAAAACUUCUACUGGUCAGGAAGCGUCUCCUUGGCUUAGAACCUGAAGGCCCUAUCGUUGACCACAUGACGUUACUUGAAGGUGUGAUUGUAUUAGAAGAAUUUUGUAAAGAGCUGGCUGCCAUUGCGUUUGUGAAGUACCAUGCCUCGUCCACACCCUAAGUGUCCAAACUGUUCGAUUGUCCCAUGUUUCAAGCAGGGAGAAAAAAACCCAAUGACUUUUCCUGGGCGAGAAAGUGAAAAGCAAAUGUUGGCAUACAUUGGGAGGACUUACUGAGGAUGCAUUUAACUCGUCGUGCUUGUGUCUUAAUUCAUUGGUGAUGACCACGUGGAUAGAGAACAUGGAUGAUUGAUCCACAACACAAUCAAGGCGAGAUCAACAUAACAGAAAACGCUUUAAAAGCUGUACACAUCAGGACUUUAGUUCAAAUUGUCUCUUAUUUCAACAACAUUCUGGGAGGUAGACAUUUUUAUUUACUCUAGAGUUCAUAGGCUUUUAAAAGCUCAUUUUAGUAUCUCAUAUGAGGCACGUUGUAUCCCUUUAAACAAAA